CACUCGAACAGCGGCGGCGGAGCAUUCCGGUCAGCUGCCGAAAAAGCGUCGCUCGCCUUUUUUUUCCUCGACGCUGCUCUCUCGCUUGUCUCUGUGUUCUUUUUCAUUUAAAUUCUACUUCGGUUCGUUGGUUAAGAUGUUCGGCCAAUGGAGUGUUUGGGUGCUCGUCCUCGCUGGACUGGCUCUGGCUUCGGCUCGGAAACCCCCGCUGGAUUUGGCUCAACGCGUAUCUGAGGAUUUACCAAGACCUACUGUGGAUUUCGGUCUGACUGGAAUUGAUAUGACAGAGCAAUGGAAAAAGUACACCCUCCCGAAAGCCGAAAAUCCGUCGCUCGUUCACCAGAGCCUGAACGGCGCCGCCAACCCCACCACCGUCUCGGGGAUAAAGAUGAGCACCAUAAAGGGAAAGGAAGUGAACGCUUUCCUCGGCAUCAAAUAUGGCCGUGCGCCGGAGGGCAAUCUCAGGUUCAAGAAAACGGAACCGGCUGGUGUAUACUGGACAGGGGAUACUUUAGACGCAACUCACUUGGGCGAGAAAUGUCCCCAGAAGUCCAUGCUGGGUCACAUUCCCUCUGGCAGCGAGGACUGUCUCAAUCUCAACGUUUUUACACCUUAUCUCCCGGGAGAGAACGCAGAGCCUUUGCCUGUGAUGAUGUUCAUCCACGGAGGCGCCUUCAUCUCCGGCGACUCAUCCCUGUACAUGCCCACCAAACUCCUCGACCAAGAUGUGAUUCUCGUGGUCAUCCACUACCGGUUGGGAACCUUAGGCUUCUUCUGCUUGAAUACCGAAGAUGCUCCUGGAAACGCAGCGCUGUGGGACCAGAUUGAAGCUAUGAAAUGGUCUCGCGCAGGACUCUUCCACCGGGUCAUUGGCGAGAGCGGGUCGGCUCUCGAGCACUGGUCCCAUGACCCGGACCCGGUCGUAUCCGCUGAACUCCUCGGAGCAGCCAACGGGUGCCCGACAGACGACCACGCUGCCCUGUACGACUGCAUGAUGGGUGUGUCGGCCGACGACCUGGCAAUGACUAUGGAUCGGUUCGUGUCCGACGAUCGUCAGCGGGGCGAGAUGGGUUUCCGCGGCGCCGCCCCCGUCACGCAGGUGGAGGGCCUUGCGGGUUCGCUGGUGACGAAGCUUCCUGAGGAGUACUACGCCGACGGGGAUGUGGCCGACGUCCCUCUCAUGAUCGGGGCCAACAAACACGAGGGGUCCUUCGUGCUGGGGAUUAUGUACACUGCUUACCGUCCCAAUGAGUAUAUGGAGGAUGAUGUGUAUAAGCGAGAACAGAUGCUGACCGACCUUCUCAACGCAUUCGGCGUGACGGACCAGACGCACGGGAUGGCGGAAUCGAUCGAGGAUGCUUACCUCAUGGGCGUCGUGUCGCGACUUCGACGCGGGUUGGGAUCUCGACGUCGUAUGGCCGGGGUGUUCUUCCUGAAGGCGGGGGCGUGGCGGACGGCCAAGCUCCACGCCAACGGCACCUCGGCGGGCACCUUCGUGUACUCCUUCGACUACGAAUCCGACGACAGCAUGUUCCGGUGGCUCUUCAUGGGAUACGAGGGCAUGCCUUUCAGACCAGGUGUGACUCACGCUGAUGACCUAAUGUACCUCUUCUCUCUGCCCGCUGACCUUGACACCGAGGAACAGCUGCGGGUCAAGGAUUACAUGGUGACACUGUGGACCAAUUUCGCUAUUUAUGGUAAACAGAAUUAUAUUCUGAUCCGGGAUACGGCCGUGGAAAAUGAAUAUUCUGAGAGGUGGCACAUUGCCAUGCAGGAGGACGGGCCCACCUCGCCCACCUCGCCCACCCCAGGCAUGACCUCGGCCCCUGGACCCACCCAGGAGGAGUACGACGCCCUGGCCAGAGAAAGCCAAGCCUACAUGAUCUCUAUGAUUACCUUCGUCGUCGCCUCCGUCGGCUUAGCUGGCUUGAGUUUCUUCUUCUUCAAGAAAAAUAGAUAAAAAAGGAGAAAACAAGAAUGUUGAUAAUGUUUAAGCAAAUUGUGCUGUAACUGCUGUAUCUAAGUGUAUGUUAUUUUGCUGAUAGGAAGCGGUUAUGUGCUCUUAUUUUUAUGGUAAGGCUGGCCCGUUUAUGGUAAGGCCCGUUUCAUCGUCUGUUUGUUAUUGUUUGUUAUUAGUAUUUGUGAUUGACGGCGUCUUCUGGUUAUUUUGAACAACGACCUCAUUAAUACUGUUCAUAACAAUAAAGUUUGUGAUUAGAAUUA